UCACUCUCAAGAAAAUGGCACUCUCUUCACCAAUCCAAUCCCUACUUAUCCUAAUAUCAUUUUUCCUAUUCACAUCACUCAUUGCCGCCAUGCCAACCCUACAAGACCCUGAGCUUGUAGUCCAUGAAGUACAUAGGAAACUAAAUGCUUCUAGAAGAAGGUUGGGAUUCUUAUCAUGCAACACUGGUAACCCAAUCGAUGACUGCUGGCGGUGUGACCCCAACUGGGAGCAGAAUCGCCAGAAGCUAGCUGAUUGUGCCAUAGGUUUUGGUAAGAACGCUAUCGGCGGAAGGGAUGGGAAGAUCUACAUUGUGACAGACUCAAAAGACGAUGAUCCCGUGAACCCUAAGCCAGGGACGCUCCGCCAUGCUGUGAUCCAAGACGAGCCAUUGUGGAUCAUAUUCGAGCGUGACAUGGUCAUUCAAUUGAAGGAGGAAUUGAUCAUGAACUCAUUUAAGACCAUUGAUGGUAGGGGCGCUAGUGUGCACAUUGCAAACGGUCCAUGCAUCACCAUACAAUAUGUGACCAACAUCAUCAUCCAUGGUGUUCAUAUACAUGACUGUAAGCAAGGCGGGAACGCUAAGGUGCGGGACUCCCCACAGCACUUCGGGUGGAGGACCUUAUCCGACGGUGAUGGGGUGUCGAUCUUUGGCGGGAGCCACGUGUGGGUUGAUCAUUGUUCCUUGUCUAACUGCAAUGAUGGGCUCAUUGAUGCAAUCCAUGGGGCCACGGGUAUUACAAUCUCUAAUAAUUAUAUGACUCAUCAUAAUAAGGUCAUGCUUUUAGGGCAUAGUGAUACAUAUAUGCAAGAUAAGGGCAUGCAAGUCACCAUUGCAUUCAAUCACUUUGGAGAAGGGCUUGUACAAAGAAUGCCAAGAUGUAGACAUGGCUACUUUCAUGUGGUGAACAAUGACUACACUCAUUGGGAGAUGUAUGCUAUUGGAGGGAGUGCUGACCCCACAAUUAAUAGCCAAGGCAAUAGAUUUCUUGCCCCUAAUGACAGAUUUAACAAACAGGUUACAAAACACGAGGACGCACCCGAAAGCCAGUGGAAGAACUGGAAUUGGAGAUCGGAGGGAGACCUAAUGCUAAAUGGUGCAUUUUUUGUAGCUUCGGGUGUGGGGGCCUCGUCGAGUUAUGCUAAGGCGUCGAGCUUAGGUGCUCGGCCAUCAAGCCUAGUGGGACCCAUCACCUCCGGUGCCGGUGCUCUCGUCUGCCGGAAGGGCUCUCACUGCUAAAAGUGUGUGCAUAUAUAUCUAUAUAAGUAUGAAUAUGUAGUAUAUUUAUGCACAAACUCACUAUUACAUGCAAUGUGGGAGUGCGGCACAAGAAGACUGCAUGUGGGUUGAAGAACACCACAUAUUUGAUUGGUCUUCCACUUUUUUUUGUUUUAAAUUUGAAAUGUAUCUAAAAUAAAAGCAACUAAUGCAUUGUUGAUGUACAUAUAAGAAUUCGAAUGUAUAUUAUGUCUCUCUUUUGAUGUAAAAUCCUAAUUAAAGAUGUUUCUUUUAUCGGGAAA